UGAGAUAUACCAUUGACAGACUCUCACCCAGGGGCAGACUGACAACUCAUGGGGCCCCGGGCAAUAGGGGAUCAUGGGGCCCCUGUGUCCUUGCCCAAACUCAAAAAAGCCUAUGAAAAAGGUACCAAGGGCAUCUCAUGGGGCCCCCUACUGACCCCAGGCCCUCAGGCAGUGCCCGAGUUUCCAAAUGAUCAGUCCGCCCCUGCUCUCACCGCCUCUUGGAAAACUUGGGCUCUUUCC